CUCUCUCACAGGACUUCACAGUCUAUUUAGUCUCUCUUUUGGUUGUGUGGCAUGUCUUUACCAAAUUUUCCUUUUGAGUAAUACUGACGGAAAAACAUUGUCGAUACAGAAACUGAACCUGAAGGGAAAAAAGUACUCGAAUUUGGUGGUUUUGUGUUACAAUUUAUAUCCCCAGAAGUUCUGAUUUUUCAGGAGGUUGAAGAACAUGGGAGUCGAUUCCCAGGAUGCCGUCGACCAGCUACGAGCAUUGGUGGAUCAAGCAUGUUCAUCAAGGAUAUAUCACUGAAACAUUGGUGCGGUUUCUAAAAGCAAGGGAGUGGCAUGUUUCAAAGGCCCACAAAAUGCUGGUCGAUUGUUUGAACUGGAGAGUACAAAAUGAAAUUGACAACAUAUUAUCAAAACCCAUAGUUCCUCCUGAUUUGUACAGAGCUGUGCGGGAUUCACAACUAAUUGGAUUGUCUGGAUACUCAAGAGAGGGCCUGCCUGUCUUUGCUAUUGGAGUUGGCCUUAGUACGUUUGACAAAGCAUCUGUCCAUUAUUAUGUGCAGUCUCACAUUCAAGUAAAUGAAUAUCGUGACCGUGUAAUAUUGCCUACUACAUCAAAGAAGCAUGGGCGACCUAUCACCACAUGUGUGAAGGUCUUGGAUAUGACUGGACUGAAGCUGUCAGCCCUGAAUCAAAUUAAGUUGUUAACAAUUAUAUCAUCCAUUGAUGAUCUCAACUAUCCUGAGAAGACAAAUACUUAUUACAUUGUGAAUGCCCCAUACAUAUUUUCAGCCUGCUGGAAGGUUGUGAAGCCACUUCUACAGGAGAGAACGAGGAAAAAGGUGCAGGUCUUGCCAGGUAGUGGGCGAGAUGAACUGUUGAAGAUCAUGGAUUACGCAAGUUUGCCACAUUUCUGUAGAAAAGAAGGGUCUGGUUCAUCUAGACAUUCAGAGAGUGGAAGUGAAAACUGCUAUUCCUUGGAUCAUCCCUUCCACCAAGAGCUCUACAAUUACAUCAGGCAGCAAUCCAGACUUCAUGAAGCUGGUGAACCCAUCAAGCAGGGAUCCUUUCAUGUGGAUUUUCCUGAGCCUAAAGCCGAAGAAUGUGAGAUUGCCAAGACUAUAGAAUCCGAGUUAAACAAGUUUGGGAACGGCAAUGUGGUUUCUGACUCACUAAAUAACCUCAAAAUCACCACCGGUGAUUGAGACUGUUGUGGUAACUUGUUAUAAUGGAGGUGAGGAUUUGCACUGAAGAAGACUUAGCAGCCUAUGAUGUAUUUGGCCAUCUAAAAUGACUUGUACUAAUGUGGUAGGAGGUUCUUAUGCUGUUUCUACAAGUAUUCUACAGUACUAGUCUUGUUUAUGUAAGUCUCAGAAAUUCUGGGGUAGUCAGCAUAAUAUAGUUCCCAUCUUCAAAUCAUGCUAUGGAGGCAGUAGAGAAAUGUCAGAUACAAUAUUUUAUACCUGAUUUUCAUCCUAGCUAUGGAAGACCAUAUUCUUUUUUAUGUUAUAGUUUUGAUGAGUAGAUAUCUUCAUCAUUCGACCA